AACCAACAUAGUCAUUGCUCACUGCUGAUAGUGCAUCUUAAUUAGUCGUAUUUCGACGCUACUCAAUUCGUUGAAACAAAAUUUAUUGCCAUCGCGUACAUUUGAGAUAUUGAACAAUUUUUUUUACACGGGUUUUUGCCUCUUUCGCCUCUUUUUUUCCUUUUUAUGUACACAAAAUUUGCGAGUAUUUAUGAUAACUACGUGGUAAAUACGCAAAUUUCCCUAGGUAUUUUCUCUUUCUAUAUUUGUGAAUUAGUUCGCCUGUUGAAAAGAUAAGCUAAUCUCGAAAACUUUAGUUGUCUUCAAACAUAUAUUCGUGUAAUUAAUUUCAAGUCUUAAGGUGUUCUUGCAUCGCAAACGAAUUUGGAGUUAAGAAGUAAUAACUUGGACACGAAAGUUGCAUUUUUCAUUGCUGGGUAAGUUUGAAUGAUGGCGAGCGAUUUAUCGAGCGGCUGCACGGAGACGAUCGACAUCCUGGAUGAUGAAAAAGAGGAAGGCGAGAUCUCGUUGGAGGAUGUCAGCUCAUCCGAGGAAGGCGGCAUGGGUCACUUGACUAGCAGCUAUGUCAUCGCAAAAACACGCGCGUGUCCUGAUUGCAAGUCCUGGGGCGAGUGUGCAUCCUGGUGUAACGUGACAUAUUAUUCUAAAAACCAAAAUNNNNAAGAUCCAGCUAAAGGAAAGGAAAAUCGUCACCAUGUUAGAGAAACGGGAUGCUCUACGACGAAGCACACAAUAACAAUGUUACAAGAGAAGAAUGAUGAUCUAGUACCAAUCUCCAGUGACAGUGAUAUGGAAAUUGUUGGUCUCACAGAUGCAUCUAAUCGAACAAAAGCCAAAGUUAAAAAGAAAAAAAGAAAAGAUUAUGAAGUUCUUAGUAUCGACGAUUUAAUUUCUCCAUCCUCAGUUGAUCUGACUAUGCCAGAGCUCAGCACGAUGAAAGUAUAUCGAGAAAUUCAGACAGGAAGUCCGCCUCAUAAAUCGAAUGGCAGAUCGAGAAUGAUUCCGAGAUCACCGAUCCGAAGAUAUAGAUCACCCAUAGUAGCACAAUCAUUGUUUCGAUCAUCCCGAUCCUCACUGAAUCAUUCCAGGUCACCAGUAUUGAAAAGAAGAUCUCCAUGGAAGUUCAGAUCACCGAAGCGUAAUCCACGACAUCGUUCGCCUAUAAGAACAGUGAAGAGACCACUAUCGAAAUUAGAUUCAGCAUCAUCUAUUAAUUCCCACGUUGAUAAACGCGAUUUGACGCGAUUGUUAAAAAAGGUGAAGCAUCUGGAUUCCAUAGGUACACAUGCAUCAGAGCCAAGCAUAAACAAAGGUAAAGAGUCAUCAUCGCUGAAAGAGAAAUUGUUGAACAUGUUGAAAAGAUCUGGCAGUGGUAAUCGCAAUAGAAUACAUCCCAAGGAAAAAUUAGAAGUACAAUCUGAAAUGGUCAAUGAUGCUGAUGAUGAGGAUGACUUGGCAUUGCUACGACAAAAAGCAUUGGAGACAAAGCAAAAGAAAUCUAAUAGAUCCUUAGAUCAUCCUGCAGAUGUAGAAUCAGAAAAAAGAUCAACAAUGAAUAAUGAUGAUCAGGACGAAGAAGCUUUGCAACUGCGCAUGAUCGCGCUACGUUCAGCAGUCAUAAAGAAAUGUCAAAAAAGGGCUCAACGUGGUAUCAGAGUGCCCAGGAGGUCUACCCGCAGUGAAAGCCCAUUCAGUCAGAGUUUUCUCGAUAAUAUACCUGUGCCUGACAAUGAACUGUUGAAAUAUGCAUCGCCGCCAUGCACACCGUCGCACGAUAGUAAUCACAUCGAGGAUAUGGAGCUGGAUACGGAUAUUGAAAGAGAAAAAGAGAAGCUGCCAUAUUCGCCGACUGAUAAGAUUACCGAGAACGUGCCUAUCGACACGAUGUUACUCGGUAUUGAACCGUCCGAUGUGUCGUUCAUUAAUGUAAAUGAAACGAUCGAUAGUCCGAUCUUUGACGAUGCUCAGGGCGAAAUCGCGUCAAAUAGCGGCACACCACUCUACGACGAGGCCUAUUUGCCUUAUCAAGAAUUGCAAUAUCAUGCACAUAAUGAAAUCUUUUAUUCAAAUGUUGAAAAAGAAAUUGAGAAUCCUCGCGAUGAUACCAUAUGUGAUUUAAUAGAUGGCAUUUGUUGCCAAAAUAGAACCUAUCUUUCGACGGAUGUUGUGUUAAAUGCAUCACAUGCUCUUCCGAUGAUCAAAGAUCUUUCUGCGUCUUCUGUCUCUUCUCACGGCAUUUUUGCUUCUCCGUUUCAAAUGCAACAAAUUGUGGAGCAACCUAUUAAAAAUGGAAUAGUAUUUACGAACAUGGACUCUGCGUUUAGAAAUGACAAGUCCGCCAACGAAACGCAGACCGGAUAUUCUGUUUCAAAUGUUCCGACAACAAUAGCAACAAGAUAUCCCAUGAAAUGCGCCGAAUCGGUAUCACCGAAUGAAUUGAUAACGAUCAACGAUUUUUCAGGUAAUGGUGUAAACUCGUUAGACUCUCCUGUCUAUAAUGAUAAGAACUUGUUGACAGAGUAUAUUCCGAAGGAAAUAAUGUCGUGUCGAGUUACUAUGCGGGAACCUCUGUAUAUGCAGGGUAUCCCAGACGUUACUAAAGAUGUAAAUAAAAUACCUACAUUAAUCAACAGGACGCUAGUGCCUGCGCCAAUUCUGCUGAAUAAACAGCUACAGCAACCUUUGUCACUGAAGAAACCUGAAACGCAUUCAGAGUCAAUUUUCAAAAGCGCCGAAAUGCAACCGGUGACCAUUACCGCUACAGAUGUAAGUGCUAGUCAAAUCAAUAAAUCAGUUAAAUCAGUAAAAUUACAAGUAGCGAAAAAAUCUGCGUCCGUAUUGUCGACAUCCGUCACAUUCGAUAAUACGAUAAAUGAGACAGUAAAUAAUGAUAUGUUGGGUCAAAGAAAAACAAUACAAGACGAAAUAAUUGAACAGGGGCAUCCUAACGCUACAGAUGCAUUGUCUACGAAUAGUGAAACCGUUUUGGCACAUAAGAAACGCAAAUGCGUUAAAAAAAACUGGCGCAAAAGUCUCGAUGCUGUGCGAUUGCUUGAAAAUUUAAAGAAUCCGUGUAUAGAUACUAGUAUGAUAAAUAAGGAUGGAAAUAUUGUAGACGCAUCUACGUUAAACCAGCAAAUCGAACCUAAUCAGAGUAAGAACAGCAAUUAUGUUGCGAAGGAAAAUCCAAUAGGAAAUGAAAAAUCGAAAUUGCAAGGUGCCAUUAAUACUCGGAAGUCGUCUGUCAAUUUUAGUGACAUUACAGUAGAAGAGAAAAACGUGGAAAAAAACGAUCACGCAAUGCUACCGACUUCCGUCAAAUGUUCGCAUGAGAAACAUAUCGAAUCCCAUUGUUUGUCAACAAAUUCUGUGUUUGACAAUUUCGAUUCUGAUGUACUUAAUAAAGUCGCCGAUGCAACGAAAGGCGCUAGCGACAGAAGACAAAGUAUCGACGAAGACGAAGACGAAUUGCGAGCCAUUUUAUUGGCUUCUUUGAAACGAACCAAGUCAACAGAUACCAACAGUUCAGUUGCUCCAACUAUUCCUAUUAUGAAUUCUGCUGUAACGAAUGUCCAGACGUCUGCAACAUCGGCAAGUAUCAUACCAUCUGUGACUAAUGAAACAUCCACAAUAAGCAAUAAUGCUCCUUUGCCAAUUUCAUCAAAAAAUAAAAAAAAGAUCAGCAACAUAUCGGCGCAAAAUUACAGUAGGAAAAGAAUCAGUAGCACAGAUUCUACGAGAAGGCCACCGAAAAAAAUGGCAAGGAAAACACUCACGAGUACGAAAGUAGUGAAUAACGCAAAGCGAUAUCAAAAUAUGAUAGUGCAAAGAAGACUGAAUUUGCGGAAACUCAAUAAUAGUAUAAAGUCUAACGAGAACAUGUGGCCUAAUGUUGGCGCGUCAAAGAUGUCGCACACAUCUGAUACUCAACGAUUUGUAAUAAGUUUAGACUCUGAUACGGACAGCGAGUCCGAGGGUGAGAAACAUAAACCUAUCUUACUUACGAAAAAGGAUCAAGUGCAUCAAGAAAUUUCCACUGACUUUGAAAAGAAUUUAAAUAAGUUUCUGCGUGAAGUGAGAACAGAACAGGAAUCUACAGCGGCAGCAAAGUCAUUCAAUUCGUCCAUGCAGGCGACAAAACGAGACCUAUCACAAACGGAUAACAGUUCAUCUAAUAUGCACACUCCAUUGGCUGUGAGACAUCUUCCUGCAUCACAGCAAGAGGAGUAUCGUCGUUUGAAGCAGGAGAUCUUGGAGCGUGAAAAAUUGAAAUUACAGAAAAAAGUAGCAAGUAACAAUAGUAAUAAUAAUAGCAGCAGCAAUAAAUUGUCAAAUACUAACGUAGCGACGAAUUCAUCAGUAAAAUCUUUGCUACUAUAUGAAAAGAAAACACAUGUUAAACAAAAUCAGAAUAAAUUAAAAACAGAAAAAAAUUCCCAAGAAACAUUAACGGAGAUCAGAAAAAAAAGCGACAAUUUGAUGAAAAACACAUCGAAAUCAAACAUAUGUUGCAUGGCUGCUGAUAAAAAAUUAUCAGAGAAUAUCGCUAAACAUACCAAUUCCGCACAUUUACAAGCUAAAAAUAGCAAAAAAACGAUAUUGAAUAAUCUCAGCAUUCGGAUUACUAAUGUUAUUUCUUCAAGUCAUAUCGGAGAUAAAACAAUCGAAAAUUCCUGUGAGAAACAGUCUGCAGCAAGGAAAGACAAGCAGCAACAUAAAUCUGCAUUGAGUACAUUAAACAAAGACGAAAUAAAUCGUAAAUGCAUGCAAGUACUAUUAAAGUCAGAUACAAUUGAACGAGUCGUUACUAUAGAUGAAAAUCCAGCUUUGCAAUAUGACACAACGGCAAGCACUAGCCAAAAUGAAAAAUCGGCUGAUGUCAACACAGAAAUUCUAAACGAAAAAGAUCAAAAUAAUGAAAGUAAUAGUAAUUCUAGCAUUUUUUCCAACAUAUCUACUGUGAAGCUUUCAAAUUCAUUUACAAAUUCGAGUCAACAAGAACACGAAGACACGCUAGAAACCACAAUGCCGUUCUCUCAAUACGAAAUUGAAUGUCAACAUAAAAUUAAUAACAAUGCUUCAAUGUCUGUACUUGCAAACAACAAUAAUAAUAAUAACGCUUCUCGUAAAUCUGAUUUCAUAACUGUUGAUAACAGUAAUACAAAUGACAUUUGGAAUGUGCUUAAAAAAGAUGUUAAAACAGAAUUGGAUUUUCUGAUGAAUCUUUCGGAAGUGGAGCAAGAGCGAUACUUGAGAGAAACCGAGCAUCAAUUAGUUGCGAGACGGUAUAUGGUCUUGGAUCAUUUAGCAGAAAUGUCAGGAAAUCUUCGUCAAUGGGACAUGGAAAAGGAUUUGCAGACUACCCUAGCCAACGAAGUAAGAAAACUUAAGGAACAAUUGAAAAUAGCCGAAGAGAGAUUACAGUUACAACGCAAUCGUGUUAGCAGUAUGAGUCCAAAGGUUUCAUCCGCACGCCAAAAGAUUAACACUGGACGGCGCGAGUGUUUCAAACUAUCUAAAAUUUGCUCGAUUUUGGGUAAUCGACUCAUGGGAAAAAGUUAUAAAUUGCCAGAGGCAGUAGCUCAACUCUUGACUGACAAACUUAAGGAAAUUGUUAAUCAUACUCGUCAAUUCACCAAGAAGAAGCGACUCCAACCUAAUGAUAAUGCUGAAAAUUCAUAUUCUAAUUCCUCGCAAGAAGUUUUAGAAUUAUCUAAAGAUACUUGUACUGAGGAGAAUUUGUCUUUUCAAGAACAGCCAACUGCGAUCGAUCUAGCAGAAAUGAAGAGCAAUACUUUUUGUUUGGAACAAUUUAAUGAUGAUAAAAAUCUAUUGAUGAUGUCAAAAUCCUUGUUGGAUGCCUCGCAAAUUCCAUGGAUUCCAAAGCGAUCGUCAGAAAAAAAGGAAGAAACUUCAACAAAUGCAUCAGAAUUUCAUAACGAUGAACAAAUUAUACCACUUAAUCAAACUAACAUGUUUUCUUCUGAACCAAAGCUGUAUCAAAAUAUCUCUGUAGAACAAAAUAGAAAGCAUACAGAAAUAAGGAGAACAGACGAAUCUGAUCUCACUAUAUUUUCAGCAUUAAUGAUAGAUCCUUCCUUGAAUCAAAAUGAUGAACAAAAUAAUAAAACUUUGUCGCAAUUGCCGCUAUCAUUAUCGCCAACAACAACGAUAGAUACAACGACGAUGACGAUGACGACGACAACAACAACAACAACAACAAUGACGACGACGACAACAACAACAACAAUGACGACGACGACGACGACGACGACGACGACGAUAAAAAUGAAGGCGAUUGCACCUUAUGUAUCAAUAUUGAUGCAUUUAAAGAAAUCAAGGAACAUCAACCCUUAUGGAAUCCUGUGUCCGUAUGAAAUGAUGGGUAUUUGCAGAGAUGAGGAUUGUCAGUAUAUUCACCAGUCGAGGAAUCAAACUUGAAAUAAUAUAUUUCACACUACCGAAUGUACUCAACAUGACAUACGUAAGGUAUCAUCGAUUAUCAUAUAGAAAAUAGAUAUAUUGAUAUGAACAGGAUUACAUCGUUAUGCAGAGCCAUCACCCGAAGAUCGGUAAGUUGUCUUCAUUCAUGGUAGGCUCUAGUGCACAAUCCUUAGAUUAUCAUUAUGUUUUAUAAAAAUCUUACAUUUUCGUAAGAUAUUUUUUUUGAAAGUGCUACCAUGGGGUUUUGAACAGUAUAUGUAUCAAAAGUUCAGAGAAAAUCUACCAGUGUAUAUUUUUUACAAUUAUAACAAAAAAGGUGUCAUAAAUUACAAGAUCAAUCAGUGUGGUAAAGAUAGAAGAAUCUAUCGACUAUUAGGAAGAAUUAAGAUCAAGAA